AUGGCAACGAACGAGGAUGAAACCCAAGGCUCCCGUACCACUGCAAACAAGCGAAAAGACGCCUUCAGUGAACUCAUGUCACCAAAAUCCAAGCAUCCAAAAUCAACCGCCAUCACCCCGUCCUCAACCUCAAAGCCAGCCAACUUGGGCAACCCCAAGAACGCUCUACUAGCCUACGUCUUGAGACCUGACAGAUUCCCAGAACAAAUCAUCACUUAUAAUGAAAACACAGUCCUCAUUCGAGACGCUUUCCCCAAGGCCACGCUCCAUCUAUUACUGCUUCCACGGCAUGCCUCCAAGAGAGAUUUACAUCCACACGAGGCAUUCGACGAUCCAGCCUUCCUCGAGAUGAUAAGAGGAGAGGUCACUACAAGUCUCAAGCUGGCAGUUUCAGAACUAUCCCGUCUGAUUGGCCCUUUCUCUGAAACGCACAAGGCCAGGAUCGCUGCCAUGGAGAGCAAUGAUCCUCCAGAUACGCUCCCACCAGGAAGAGACUUUUCCAAAGAACUUCGUGUCGGCAUUCACGCACAUCCGUCCAUGAACCACCUCCACAUCCACAUCGUCAGUCGGGAUAUGCACUCUGCUAGACUCAAGCAUAGGAAGCAUUAUAACAGCUUCAACACCGACUUCUUCAUUCCCUUGGAUGAUUACCCUCUAGCCAAGGAUGAUCGCCGGAGAAGCAUAAGCUACCAGAAUGGGAACUUGAAGGAGGAUUUCAAGUGUUGGCGGUGUGGAAAGAUAUUUGGGAAUAAAUUUGUGCGGCUGAAAGAACACCUUGAGCAGGAAUUUGAAGCUUGGAAGCAAGAAUGA